GUAAGACUUGAUGACUAGAUACCCCUCUUCACAUCCUCCUUUUAGUAGCCAUAUGGCCAGUAAUCCAGUGCUCUAUCUAAGAAACGUUUAUACCUCUGUAGGUGCAGAGUGACGACCUACCGCCCUACACAUGGCUGACCUCGGAAGCAUUAUCGUUAACAGCUCAGCCAUAUCCGGGUUCCGUCGACGACUUCCAGCACUGUCUAAAUAUUGGCCGGCCGCGCUCAUCCUAACCGGCUCUGAACAACCUUUCCGUCUCGCACACAUAUUCGAACUAGGUGUCAUGGGCCUCGCUUACAAUACCUACCUGGACAGCGCCAAAAUUUAUGGCUGCAAGACAUGCAAGGCACACCUCGCGAAUCACGAGGACAUCGUUAGUCGGAACUUUCGCGGCCAACACGGUAAGGCAUACCUUUUCAACAGCGUUGUGAAUAUCGACACGGGUGAACCCAGCGAGCGUAACAUGACGACCGGACGCCAUGUAGUUCGCGACAUCACUUGCAGGCAGUGCAAGGAGACUGUGGGGUGGAAGUAUGACAAAGCGUACGAGGCGACUGAGAAGUACAAGGAGGGUAAAUUCAUAUUGGAAGCAGAGCUGCUCUGCAAUGUUACAUGA